GAAGCAGCUACUCUGUUAUUCGGUUCUGUACCGGAAGUGAGGUCAAGUUUCUCUUAAGGUUGCUGCAUUCGCUCCUCUGCUUGGUUAUUCCGUGGUGGAGGUCAUAGAGAGUGGACAGCCAUGGGCGGAGAUCACGGCCACAGCAAGCUGUCCAUGCCGGACCACAAGACGUGGAAAUGGGAAGGGACUCCUCUGGAGUUGACUCAACAGCGGCUCGCUCGGAGAGGACUGAAGGACCCUUGGGCAAGGAAUGAAGCGUGGAGGUACACCUUCGGCCCCCCGGUCACCUUCCGCGAAGUGCUGCUGCGUGGAUUUAGGACAGGAUUCAUCGCUUUCACAGUGGCCCUGGCCGUCGAGUACGCGUUCUUCCCCCCGAAGAAGUCAGAGCACUGAGCGCAGACUCACCUGCACAAGACACCUGAAGCCCAGAAGAGACACUUAACCAUCAGACUCUUACGUUCACUGCAGGUUGAUCAGCCACCUGUAAUAUUCCUCUGUGUUUGCGUGAUCGUAUAACCCGACAUGCUGUAGUGAUGUUUCUGCCGAAUGAGAAAUAAACAAGUUCUGCCAUU